UGGCUCUGCUCUGGGCGGUGGCCCUGGUGGUGUCUGUUGGACCACUACUGGGCUGGAAGGAACCAGUGCCCCCGGAUGAGCGUUUCUGCGGCAUCACCGAGGAAGUUGGCUAUGCUGUCUUUUCAUCCGUGUGCUCCUUCUACCUGCCCAUGGCGGUGAUCGUAGUCAUGUACUGCCGCGUGUACGUGGUCGCGCGCAGCACCACGCGCAGCCUCGAAGCAGGCAUCAAGCGGGAGCCUGGCAAGGCCUCCGAGGUGGUACUGAGGAUCCACUGUCGCGGUGCAACUGCUAGCACCAAAGGAACCCAAGGGACACAGAGUAGCAAGGGCCACACCUUGCGCAGCUCGCUCUCUGUAAGGUUGCUCAAGUUUUCCCGCGAGAAAAAGGCUGCCAAGACGCUGGCCAUCGUCGUGGGAGUCUUCGUCCUGUGCUGGUUCCCCUUCUUCUUCGUCCUGCCACUGGGUUCUCUGUUCCCGCAGCUGAAACCAUCAGAGGGCGUCUUCAAGGUCAUCUUCUGGCUGGGCUACUUCAACAGCUGUGUGAAUCCGCUCAUCUACCCCUGCUCCAGUCGCGAGUUCAAGCGCGCCUUCCUCCGCCUCUUGCGCUGCCAAUGUCGCCGCCGCCGCCGCCGCCUCUGGCGCGUCUACGGCCACCACUGGCGAGCCUCAACAGGCGAUCAGCAUCCCGACUAUGUCCCCAGCCCGCGAGUCGCGCCCCCGGGAGCUCCCCUGGCCCUCACUGCACACCCAGGCCCAGGCUCCGCAGACACGUCCGAGGCGCAGGUUCCGGUCUCCGGGCGUCGAAAGCCAGCCUCCGCCCUCCGGGAGUGGAAGCUGCUCGGGCCACUGCAGAGACCCACGACUCAGCUGCGCGCGAAGGUGUCCAGCCUGUCCCACAAGAUCCGCUCUGGAGGCGCACGGCGCGCGGAGGCUCCGUGCGCCCUGCGCUCGGAGGUAGAGGCAGUGUCUCUAAGCGUUCCCCAAGAUGGGGUAGAGGCUGUCAUCUGCCCUGCCUAUGAGCCAGUCGACUAUAGCAAUCUCCGGGAAACUGACAUUUAAGGACCGAGACCCAGGCUGGGGGGUGGGGGGAAGGGGAUGUGCUGGAGACAGGGGUGAGGUGCUUUGAGGGAUGCCUUUGGAUCCAGAGCUCUGGCCAGGGACCGCAUCACUUCGUAGGUGAUGGGUUAUGGCGCCCCCUACUGGACAUAGGUGCCCAGAGCUCUUCUGGAAGUGAGACUGCUGGAUUCACUCUUCUCAGCCAGUUGGAGAAACUGCUUAGUCAGCUGGUCUUGAAGUCUAGGUGUGGUCACUCGCCUUGGGGAAGAAGAGGUACAGAUCCGUGCUCUGCUGCUUCCAGGAAGAAGAUCAGUAGACAGUUUCUACUCCUCCUGCCACCCGGAGGAAGUCAGUGGACCCUACCGUAGGACCUGCCAUACUGCGAGCUUUGGUGGCCUAUUGGAUGCCCGCCGUACAAAUCUGUUGUUUUUCGUCCUAGGCCCACGGCCUCCUCCCCACAUUCCUAACCUGUAUGCACCCUUCACCUGGCUGAGCCCUCACUAUUUCCCCCAGGGGCCUUACUGUUUACACUCUGUACAUAAUUCAUUGUGCCUGUCUGUGCCCAUCACUUCUCACUGGGAUUCCAGGCUGCCGACAGGGGAGAGCCAGCCUUAUUUAUCAUUUUGAAACCUAUUUAUUGGUAAGAGUACUUCUAUUUUGUUCA